AUGGUUUUCGAAUCAGUGGUCACCGAUGUACUAAAUAAGGUACUAGGUGAUUAUGUCGAAAACUUGGAUAAAAAACAACUGAAAAUAGGAAUUUGGGGCGGCGAUGUAGUUCUUCAUAAUCUAAAGGUUAAAGAAAAUGCCCUCGAUGAGGUCGAUUUACCAGUGCAGCUCGUCUAUGGUUUCCUGGGUAAGCUGGUCUUAAAAAUACCAUGGAAGAAUCUCUACAGUCAACCGGUGAUCGCACAGAUCGAAGAUCUAUAUAUGCUUGUGGCACCCAAACAGACUGUACAAUACGAUGCUGAAAAAGAGGAAAAAUAUGAAUUGCAAGUAAAGCAAGCGGCGCUCAAAGCGUUGGAGGAGGCACACAAAAAGGAAUUGAUAAAAAAUGAAGCCAAACCGGAUGCCACUUUCUCCGAGAAGUUAACGGCACAAAUUGUCAACAACUUACAAGUGAAAAUAUCGAAUAUACAUAUACGUUACGAAGACGCAUCAACGACAGGUGAAAAUUUCGCACUCGGUGUGACUCUACAUGAUCUAGAGCUGUAUACCACAGACGAGAACUGGGAAAAAUGCUACCUAACCCAGCAAGUCAGUCGUGUCUUCAAAAUCGCCAAUCUCGACUCUUUGUCUGCAUACAUGAACUGCAGAACAAAUAUGUACUCGGCGCUAUCCAAAGAGGAGUUGGCUGAAGUGUUCCGCAAAAAUAUUGCACAAAAAGAUUCGGCGCCAAACGAUUACAAUUACGUGGUCGGCCCGAUUUCGGUAAUGGGAAAAUUACAGUUAAACAUGAAUCCCGAAUACGAUACGCCAGCAUUCGUGAUACCAAAGAUUGAUUUGGCCUUAGAAAUGCAAAAGCUGCGCGUCGGCUUAACGAGCACACAAUUUCAGGAAGCUAUAAAAUUGGGUGAAUCCAUGAAUCGUAUGCAAUUGGGUGUGCGCUAUAGGAAAUAUCGACCGUUCAAUACGCCUUAUAAGAAACACUACCGCGAAUGGUGGAAGUUCGCCAUAAAUUGCAUUUUAGAGGAAGACAUCAAGAAGCGCAAUAGGGAAUGGACUUGGGAGCACAUUAAAGAGCAUCGACAAUUAUGCAAUACAUAUGCGGAGAGUUUCAGAGAAAAGGAACUAUCUAAAAAGCCACCCGCCAGCCUCACUGAAACCUGCACCUUGCUAGAACAGAAGUUAGAUCUUUUUAAUUUGGUCUUGAUACGUAAGCGUGUACAAAUCGAAGUAGAUAAAAUACGCAAGGAUGAAGAAACGCGACAAUCCCAAAAGAGCGGUUGGUUUGGCGGCUGGUUUGGUGGUGGUCAAAAAACGGAAGAUGGCGAAUCCAACGAUAUUGUUAAAAAACUGGAAGCUGCAAUGACACCAGACGAAAAGUCGAAGCUGUACGAUGCGAUCGGCUAUCAAGAGGGCACGCCGCCGCCCGAUAUGCCCGUGCAAUAUGAGGCAAUAAAAAUGCAAUUUAAAUUGUUAGCACUGGAAGUGGGCCUCUAUGAUGAUAGCGAAGUGGUUGGUAGGGAAAGCUUCACUUUGGAGCAACUUAAAACGCUUAUGCUUUUGAACUUCUCGAUGACAACUUGCAACUUAACACAACGUCCCGGUGGCAAUGCCUUAAGCGUCACUGUGGGCAUGCACGAAAUCAAGUUAUUGGGCUUGCACCAAGAUAACGUAGCACCUGUUUUGAUCGAAUCGAAAACAACCGAUGAAUUAAAUCUACUUGACGUAUUCUUCGAGACCAAUCCGCUCGACAAGAAGUGCGAUCAACGUAUUCGGGUGUCGGCGCGUCCAUUGCAAGUCGUCUAUGAUGCCGACACGAUUAUACGACUAGCAAAGGUAUUUACACCGCCCAAAGCGAAUUUAUCCGAAUUGGAGUUUGCCGCCACUGAACGCAUGGCCAACUUCAAAGAGCGCUCAGCCACUGGUCUACAAUACAUGAUCGACUCGAAAUCUGUGCUGGAGAUAGAUAUACAAUUUAUGCCCAACAUUAUCAUUGUACCGAGCAAUGGCAAAUAUAAUCCGAAUUGUAAUGAUAAUUCACUAAUUGUUAUAACAUUGGGUAAGUUCAUCGUUUCGUCGAAACCGCACAAUGUUUCGUCGACCGAUCUGAUCGAUAUGCUGGAAGACACCAAAGUCUCGAUAUCUAGCGUAUUGGAACGUGCCUACGAUCAAAUACAAGUUAGCAUUGCUGACAUACAGAUGGUUGUGGCUAGGCCCGGUGAAGAUUGGGAGAAUACGCUAGCCUCAGCUGUACAAUCUGAUAUGCAUAUACUACGUCCAACAUCCGUGCUAUGCAAUGUGUGCUUAUGCGCCGUCGACGAUGAUCCCCGUUUGCCGAAGAUGAAAAUUGAAAUUGAGUUACCUUCGAUUGCAUUGAAUAUAACCGAAGAUCGCAUGUUCGAUGCUUUACGCGUGGCCACAAGCAUACCAUUGCCGGAGGGUGAAACAGCACAACCAUCAUCCAUUACGAGGGCUAUAAGCACAGCCUCCUCGAAAUUAUCAUUGGCAAGUUUCUUGACACAAGAGAAAAAGGCGAAGAAGAAGGCAGAGAAAGUCGAUCUUUCCGCGGAGAUUGUACAAUAUACGAAUUUAGAAUUGAUAUUUACACUAAAAGAAUUUACCGUUGCUCUCAACAAAUCUGUACCCAUUAAAGAGCCGCAUUUAAAUGAGGGUAAAACUGAAACGACCGAAUCGCCGAUAGACUCAACGGCGGAAUCACCGCAAGAUUCGAAUGCUUUCGGUACUCCUGUGGAAGAAAUGCCGAAUGACAUUGUGCUGGAUAAAAUUGAAAGUUGCACUUCAACAACUUGUGCUGUUGAAACCAUAUUGUCGUUCCAUGUGCUUGAACUGGGCGUGAAAAUGUACCAACGCACCUACGAAAUGGUGGUGGAAGCUAAUUUGGGCGCUGUCAACUUAAAACGUCAUGGUACCGCCGAAAGUGCUCAAUAUCAGUUGAAUAUUAUCGAUACGCCGAGAUUUUCUAAAGAGCUCCAAUAUUUGCUAACCGUCUCUUAUGUAAUGGCACAACGCACAUCUCCCGAAUUCUUUACCAAAUAUAAUGCCACAGAGCAAUUGAUCAACAUUAACUUUUCUACUUUGAAUAUAACUCUACAUCAAGAAGUAUUAUUGCAAUUACUAGAACUAGCCGAUUCCAUACAACGUAAAUUGGAUACUGUACUCAAGACAUCACCAUCCGCCGAUAACACACCCAAGGAUCGUGUGGGCAAUGCUGGUGAUACCGGAAUUCUUAGUAAACUUGCUGUCAUUGCUGAGGAGGGUGAAGAGGACGAUGUGCUAACUGCGUUGGCGCCUGCUAAAAACCGGCCACGUCAAGGAAAGGUGGUGGACAGUAUACAAGUUCACGUAAAGGCGAAAUUGGAACAAGUGUCCUUGCUGCUGACAUGUCACAAACGGCCUUUGGCUUCAAUGCAAGUGCAACAUUUUGAUGCGAACGUAAUUUUGAAGUCGUCGUACACGGAGUUGAACCUGCGCUUGAAGGACAUCGUAGUCACAGAUUUGAAUCCUUUGACGAAGCAUAGUGGUAUUCUUUCCAUCGUUGGCGAUAAUGCGCUCGAGUGUCAGGUCAUCAAGUUUAAUUUAGAUGAAACCUCCAACUACAAUUCGGAUGACAUGCGCAUAACCGUGUCAAUUGGCGGUAUGAAGAUCGUCUUCCUCAACUGGUUUGUCACCGGCGUUUUGAGUUUCCUCAAUAAUUUCCAAGCUGCUCAAGCGGCGCUUGCUCAAGCCAGUGCCGCCGCUGCAGAUGCCGCUAAACAAAACGCUAUGGUGGCUUAUGAAACUGCAUCGCGCAUGAAGCUUGAUAUCAAAGUUAAAGCACCCGUUAUUAUUGUACCGAUGGACUCGCAAAGUUUCAAUGCCAUCGUGCUUGAUCUUGGCUUUCUCUCAUUAAAUAAUAUAACAACCGAAGUUGAUGUACCAAGCGACAGUCGACGUGCUGUACUCGAUGAAAUUAAAUUGGAGCUAAAAAAUAUGCGUUUGGCAAAGGCUGCCAUUCUAUUAGAUCAGGGUCGCAGAUCGUCAGUCGAUACUGUUGAUAUGGCUUACGGCAUCAAGUCGCAUUUGAAUAUUUUGGAUCCAGUUAGUUGUGCUUUAAUCGUUAAACGCAACUUAUCCAGCACUUGGUACAAAGAGGUGCCGGAAAUGGACAUAUCUGGACAUUUGAAAUCCAUUGAGUUUAAUCUAUUUAUGGAAGAUUACGCUGUCAUAAUGGCAAUAUUGAAUCGUAAUUUGAGUGAAGGCGCAGACGAAUUUCCACCCGUCGAGGAACCCGAACGUCCGCAAACACCAAAAUCGCCGGAUUUACGUGCACAGGACUCUAAAGGGGAUGUGGAAUCAGCAACUGGCAGCAGCACAGCUAAACGUAAAGUGUCGGCUGUCGUAAGUGCCACUAAUACGCCACAAAAAAGCACGGUGCAUGUGCAAAUGAAAUUCAGUUUCCUAUUUGACGGUGUGGUUAUCAACUUGCUUUUGAACAACGAAGAGGGCUUAGCACGUUUCGGCUUAUACUUUCUCUCACUGAAGGGCAACAAAUUAGUGAAUGGCACGCUUAAUACCUCCAUUGUGCUAUGCAAUAUACAAAUCGAUGAUACACGAAAAUCAAAUCAAAGUCCAAUUAAGAAAUAUCUAUGUCGCAAAGAUUGGAAUGAAAGUCAAUUGCAUAAGCAAACCGAACCAACAGCCGAUAUGAUAGAUGCUUGCAAGACCGAGCUGAAUUAUAUGUUGGACUUAACGGCCAGCAUAAAGGAGGAUGAUAUUUUUGCCGAGGUGCGCGUCAGCAGUUUCGAUUUGAUUUUAUGCGUUGACUACCUUUUGAAAUUAGCCGAUUUCUUUAAACUACCCGAAGAUACCGAAGCCGUAAAUACGAUUAAAAAACCAGAACUAAAAUCCCCAACUACUCCUGUUACAACAAAUAUAGCCUCAACAUCCACGCUAAAAGCAGCGUCGAGUGCCGCCUCCGCCCAGAGCACCGCUGCUAAUAAUAAAAAAAUGAAUUUAAUUCUACAUAUCGAAGAACCGGACAUAAUCUUAGUGGAAAAUCUGGACGAUAUGAACUCCAAUGCUAUUAUAUUCAAUGUGCAGGCGCAGCUCAAUUAUCGCGCUAUUGGCGAAAGGCAGAAUAUCAAUGGUCAAAUCGAUUCGUUAAAAAUGUACAUGUGUUCAUUUAUGCCCGAGCGCCGUGAAGCGACCCGUCAUUACAUAUUACACCCAUGUAUGAUAAGUUUGCACGGCUCCACGCCAGAAGAAGAGGGCUUACAUGUUAGCUUGAAGCUGAGUGAGAUUAUGUUGAAUGUCUCACCUGCCACCAUCGAACUGUUGAAUAAAGCUAUGCGCAGUAUAAGCGCCGAUAAUGCACAGAAGGAGACGAAUCAGAGGCUGGAGACUAAUUACAAACAAUUGUGGUUAGAAGAACGACUACAAGAGAAACGCUAUUGGUUCCUGAGAGCUGACCGUGCUGUUGAGGCGCUGGAGUAUAUCGAAAGUCACAUAACAACGGAAACACAAAGGCGUAAAACUGAAAGAUGUGUUGUUGAAGUUCCUAAUAUCACAAUUGUCAUCGAAACGGGUAUCGGUUACUAUACGAAGCCGCUGAUAACGGUUGAUACGCGCUUGAAUGCGAUUAUAAGUGAUUGGAGUGAUGAUCUAAAAAUACGCGGCUCACUUACAUUGAGCACCAACUAUUACAAUGAGUCCUUAGCCGUGUGGGAGCCCAUAAUUGAAAUGAAUGAACACAUCAAUCGCAAUGGUGAACAAGAGUAUCUGCCUUGGGAACUAACCUACAAAGUGGAUAUAAUAAAUCAGAAGAACGAAAACGAUAACGAAGAGGAGCAAGAUGAAGAAGAAGAGUUGGGCAAAGUAACACAAAUCGCCAUACAUUCAGAUGAGGAUCUGCAAUUUACAGUUACCAAGUCAUGCUUAGAUCUUUUAAGUGUGCUGGGUGAGGCCUUCUCACAGGCCAUACAAAUUGAGGGUCUUACCAAACCCGAAGUGGUAGCACCUUACGUCGUGGAAAACGAUACUGGCUUCGAUAUUUCCAUAAACUUUAGACGCGGCAUAUUUACGCUGCACGAAUGUCACUCGCCCAAAGCAACGGUGGGUACUAACUUGAAUAGUUCCUUAGUAUUCGCUGCUGAGGAUGCGGAUGCAAACUUUUCGCCAGAUCAGGUAAAGGAUUGCACGAUUUCGCCCGGCGGACGCGCCUAUUUGCAAACCAAAGAUUUGUCUACGAUCACCAACGAAGAAGACGAGGAAUAUAACUUAUAUGUGCAGGUGGGCGGCAUCGAUAAAGAGGUUGUGCUGCCCGUAUCCAAAUCGGAUCAACGCUAUUUCCCCCUAUAUCGCGGCUCGAAUCAAGAUCCAUGGGGUAUAGUGUCGGAGGUGCGCUCCGAGUAUGGCACCACAAAAAUCAAUAUACACGGGGUGGUCAAAGUACACAAUCACUUCACCACUACUCUGCUUAUACAUCGUUAUAAACAAGGUGCGGGCAGAGAAAAAAUUUUGGUAGGCAAGGUGUCGCCCGGACAAGUCUUCCAUGUGCCGCUGCACGCUAUUUACGCAGAUAUUAAGGAAUUGCAUUUCAGUUUGGAGGGCUACAACAUGUCUGUGCAAGGCAUCAAAUGGAAUGAUUGUCCCACUGAUCUUGAUUAUUCAAGGCAAUUGCAAUGUGAUCCUUUGGACACUUUCGAGACAUUCUAUAUUAAUGUGAAACGUGUUAAAACCGAGAUCUUCCACGAGCACAGUGACAAAUAUACCAUACUAAGCGCCUAUUAUACGCUGCAUUUGCGCCCACCGGUAUAUCUCUGCAAUGCAUUACCUAUUAGUAUUAGUGUUUCGGUAGCCGGUUGCAGUGUACGCAGCGCUGAAAGUGAGAAUGUUGAAAAGAGUGCAACGAGUGCGGUCAAGGAAGAUAUGUUGGAUUAUGGUGAGAAAGAGGUGGCACCGGGUGACGUGCUGCAUUUGCCAACGGUGAAAUUAAGUGGCAAAUCGCGUGAAAAUCGCAGUUUCCUUGUUGUGCGGCUAAUCCAAUACCUGGAGAAGGAUUGGUCUUGCACCACCGAAAUAUCUGAAGAUCACAACGAUAUGGCUACCUGGCGCUUUAGUUCCUACGACUCUGAGGCGAAAAUGGAUAUGGAUUUAUGCGUUCGUUUCGAAGAUCGUCGUGGCGCCUUGCAGAUAUCACUAUACAGUCCAUUCUGGAUGAUCAACAAAACCGGCUUGAUGCUUAGCUAUAAAACUGAUGCGGAAACAGUUGAUGUACUCUAUCAUCCUCCAGAAUAUAAUGGUCCGAUUUUGUUCUCUUUCCGUGAGAAAUUCUUCUUUGACAAGAAAGCUGCCACAAUACGUGUCGAUAACGGUGAAUGGAGUAAUAAAAUACCGCUGGACGUUGCCGGUUCAAUGGGUGCUGUUACUUGCAAAUCCAAAGACACGCCUUAUCAAAUUGGCGUACACAAUCAUUUAACCUAUAAUUCGCUUACGAAAAUGAUCACAUUCAUACCAUUUUAUAUUGCAAGUAAUAAGUGCUAUUUCGAAAUAGACCUACAAGAGCAAAGUAGACCGGGUGACCCAUGGAUAACGGUGUUGCCCAACUCUUGCACACCACUUUGGCCCAAAGACGAUUCCGAUUUAAUGCUUAUCGCACGCGUACUCGGUCAAUGUACACCGGCUUUCAAGUACUCCGAAGCGCAAUGUACUUUGCUUAAACUGCCGGGCAAUAAGUACGGUGGCAUUAAUGUUGAUGUGCAGGCCACUGAAGGCGGUGUCUAUAUCAUAUUUAAUGAGUUUAAUCCCGGCGAUGCACCCGGCUUAAUUAUUAAUCACACGAACUUACCAAUUGUGUAUCAAGAGAAAGAUGUUAAAGAUAAUGUGGUUGUGAAACCGUUAACUAAAUUGCUGCACGCUUGGUCACAUCCAUCGGGCGAGAAUAGCAUUGUCUUUGACUUUGGCGAAACGAUUAAUGACAAGAGUAAAACUAAAGCCGAGACAGAUUUGAGACGCGAUCAAAUCGGUGAAAUGAAAAUCAGCGACGGUUCGACUGCUUAUUGGGUGACGUUUUUGGACGGUUUGCAGCGUGUUUUGCUCUUUACUAAAGAUGUUGGUAUUGCUAAAAAGCUAGAAGGCAGCGGCACCAUACAAAAGAUAACACAGUCGGUUGAAGUACGCAUCCAUGGUAUUGGCUUUUCAUUGAUAAACAAUGCGAUUAAUACAACCAUCUUGUAUAUGGGCAUAGCAAGUUCAGGUGUUAUUUGGGAGCAAAAAAAGGGCGCAAAACACUUCAAGCAGAUGAAUAUACACGAAACCGCAGAGCUUGAAGAGCAGUACCAACAGUAUUUGGUGGAUCGUAGUGUGAAUCUGGUGAAGAAGUACUACAUGGAUGCCAAAUACGAGAUCGAUUUCAAACAUAUGAUACUUAAAAAGAAUAAGGAGCGUGAAAUACAUCGCACCUUUUAUCCAGGUGUUUGGUUCAAAAUGCGCACCUCACCUUAUCAAAUGCAGCUACACGCUAAAAUCAACAAAAUCCAAAUUGACAAUCAAUUAAACGAUUAUAUCUUCCCAGUUGUGCUGGCGCCCAUACCACCACCGAAAAGUGUAGCCACGACUACCGUACUGAAGCCAUUCAUCGAAGUCAGUGUCGUACAAUGGGUUGUGCCGAACUCCACUGUCAAACAAUACAAAUACGCAACAAUGCUUAUACAGGAGUUCCAUUUCAAAGUGGAUUUGAUAUUCCUUACGGCGCUCGCCGAUAUGUUUGCCAGCAAAGUGGACGAUGUACAAGCGGCGAAACUCUUCAAUAUGAAUGUCGAAUCGAUAGAGAAGCCGUUAUCUGAUCUAGUCGAAACGCAUUCUGCACAGGAGCAAAAGAAUUUCUAUGAUAAUUUGCAUUUGGGACCGAUUAAAAUACACGUCAGUUUCUCCAUGGCUGGCUCAGAUACCACAGCUUUGCCGGGUAUACUGUCCACGUUGGUACAGGGUGUCGGCGUUACUUUAACGGAUGUUAAUGAUGUUGUUUUCCGACUCGCUUUCUUCGAACGUGAGUAUCAGUUCUUUACGCAGCAGCAGUUAACUUCGGAGAUUACAACACAUUAUACCGGUCAAGCGUUGAAACAAUUGUACGUGCUCGUUUUGGGUUUGGAUGUGCUCGGCAAUCCUUAUGGCUUGGUUGUUGGCCUGAAGAAAGGUGUCGAAGAUUUGUUCUAUGAACCAUUCCAGGGUGCUAUCCAAGGACCAGGCGAAUUUGCGCAGGGUCUUGCGCUCGGUGUUAAAUCACUUUUCGGACAUACAGUGGGAGGCGCAGCCGGUGCAGUAUCGAAGAUCACCGGCGCAAUGGGCAAAGGUUUGGCUGCACUCACAUUCGAUGAAGAAUAUCAGAAGAAGCGUCGCCUGCACAUGAAUAAGAAACCACAAACAUUUUCGGAAGGCAUAGCGCGCAGCGGCAAAAGUUUGGUUAUGGGCUUCGUUGAUGGCGUUUCGGGUGUGGUGACUAAACCCGUAGCCGGCGCGCGUGAGGAAGGUGUUGAGGGCUUCUUUAAAGGUGUCGGCAAGGGCGUCAUUGGUUUUGUGGCCCAACCGACAGCCGGUGUGGUUGAUUUUGCCAGCGGCAGCUUUGGUGCAGUGCGUCGUGCUGCCGAGGGCCAACAUGAUACAAUGCGCCUUCGUGCACCGCGCUACAUACAUCAGGAUAAUGUCGUUCGACCUUAUUGUCGUGCCGAGGCGGAGGGCAAUCGUGUUUUCAGGGAAAUUGAAAAGGGCAAAUAUGCUGCCACUGAUGUAUUCAUACACUGUGAGGAGUUAGUACCAAAGCAUGAGUACUUCGUCGUUUCAAAUCAUCGCAUUAUACAUGCAACGAAGAAUGAUCUUUUCGGCACAUAUACAGUCCAAUGGAAAUACCGCCUUGAAAACAUCGACGUCUUUACGCCCACAGACAAGGGACUGGAAAUCAGACUGAAAAAACAAAACAAAAAAGUAAUGGGCAUGUUUUCAACUAACGAAGUGGUUCGCAAACAAAUCACCAUAAAGGAUUCAAAACGUCGUGAUCAUUUAAUUGAAAUACUGGAAUCUCAACACAAGAAAGUGUAACCUUUUCUUCCGCUUAAUAUGCGUUAUGUGCGGCAGCCUUAGAUGCUCAUCGUCAUCACCAUACUCACAACAUAAAUGUUUCAAAAUUAAUUGGCUGCAAGCUACAUAAGCAAGCUGAAGCGCUUUUAAGCUGCAAACGCAACACAAACGACAGAAAUUCAACAUCGAUUGAGUGCGCACCGAAAAAUUUUUAUUAAAACAAGCAGAAAUAAAAAUACACAGAAUUAUGAGAAUUGAUAUUUUAAAAUACUAAAGAUAAGCAUAUUGCUGUUUUAUAAAAAUCAAGCACUAUGUACUUUUAAUCACUAACUUAUAAGCUUUUCUAACGUGGAUACGCAUUUCUUUGAUUAUAUCUUUUGAAAUUUAUUUUCUUUAGUUUUAUAUUUUGAAAUUUUUUUUAAAUAUUUUUAUUUCUUUUAAUUUUGUAAAAAAAUUUUCUUAUAUUCCGAUACUGUUCGUAUAAUAUUGUACACGCUCUUUCGUACACUUGUACGCCACCACAGCGCCGGGUAUUUUUUUUGUAGGGGAGUCGUUUGUACCGAACCUUAAUGAAAUGUUUUCCGUCUUUUAUCGUUUUACAUCACGAGACUACCUCGUUGUUACUGCUAAAGCAAGAAAGCAAACAAUAAUUUUCCUCUGAAUUACUACUAUUACUUUUUUAUACAUACUGAAUACUUCACAAAAA